UCGCAGCCCAACCCCUUUUCCCGGUGGGGACCACUCCCAGGACAGAGGUCUAGGGCUCGCAGAGGCUGGGGCACUACAACUCCCAGCAGCCCGUACGGCCCCACCUCCGCAGCCCUGCCCCCAUCGAUUCUCCAUUGGUCUACAGGGGAUAGAUGGGCGGUGGCCAUGGGGCUGCGGCCUAGAUUUUGUACUCAACCCGGCUUCCGUAGAGGAAGUCGCGCGGACCUUCAGCUGGGGUUUCGGUACCCCCCCUCCCCCUUUCCCGGGGUCUGGGGGUGACAUUGUACCGCGCCCCUCGCGGGGUCGCGUCGCUACCCUUGCACGGACUUUCAGCUGGCGCACCCCUCCCAUUCGCCUCCCUGAGCCAGGCCUCCACCCCGCCGCCAUCCGCCCAGCCAUGGGGGCCGCAGUGUUUUUCGGAUGCACUUUCGUCGCGUUUGGCCCAGCCUUUGCGCUUUUCUUGAUCACAGUGGCUGGGGACCCGCUUCGCGUCAUCAUCCUAGUCGCGGGGAAGGCAGAUGAGGGGUUAGCAUCGCUGAGUGAGGACGGAAGAUCACCCAUCUCCAUCCGCCAGAUGGCCUAUGUGUCUGGUCUCUCCUUCGGUAUCAUCAGUGGUGUCUUCUCUGUUAUCAAUAUUUUGGCCGAUGCACUUGGGCCAGGUGUGGUUGGGAUCCAUGGAGACUCACCCUAUUACUUCCUGACCUCAGCCUUUCUGACAGCAGCCAUUAUCCUGCUCCAUACCUUUUGGGGAGUUGUGUUCUUCGAUGCCUGUGAGAGAAGACGGUACUGGGCUUUGGGCCUGGUGGUUGGGAGUCAUCUACUGACAUCAGGACUGACAUUUUUGAAUCCCUGGUAUGAGGCCAGUCUACUGCCCAUCUAUGCAGUCACUGUUUCCAUGGGACUCUGGGCCUUCAUCACAGCCGGAGGGUCCCUCCGAAGUAUCCAGCGCAGCCUCUCGUGUAAGGACUGACUACUUGGACUGAUCGCCUGCCAGAUCACCCACCUGCCUGCCCACUGCCCAUGACUGAGCCCUGCCCUAGCCCGGGUCCAUUGUCCACCAUGCUCUGUCUCCUCGUCGGUCUAUCCCACCACCUUCAGGGUUUUGUUUUGUCCACUCGUGACCUUUAGUCUCUAGGUUUUACCAGGAGCAGCCUGGGUAUAGCCAGUCAGUGACUGGUGGGUUUUUCUCUGCACUUAUCCCCACCACCUGGGGACCCCUUGAUGUCCAGCACUCCCCAUGUGUCAGUGCUCUGCUCUCACCCUGCCCAAGACUCACCCCCCUUCCCCUCUGCAGGCCGACGGCAGGAGGACAGUCGGGUGAUGGUGUAUUCUGCCCUGCGCAUCCCACCCGAGGACUGAGGGAGCCUGGGGGGGGACCCCUGGGCCUGGGGUGCCCUCCUGAUCUCCUCGUCCUGUAUUUCUCCAUCUCCAGUUGUGUGGACAGUGCAAAUUGCCAAGCAAAGGGAUCUAGCUUAACCAUUGGCCUUGAGGUGAAACUGAUGGAGGCUCAAGGGUAGAUGGGCUCUGAGUUUCCAAGUAUCCUCUCCCCAGACUGGACAUCUUGGUCUUUUUCUCAGGUCUGAGGGGAGCCAUUUUUGGUGUGAUUAAGACCCCAAACUGCCUUUUUUUCUUUUUGAGGUGGGGAGAGAAGAGAGGUAUGUUGAAACACUUCUCCUAACCUCCUUAGGCUAUAUUUUCCCUCCUCAGAUUGCUCCCCAUGUCUGGGUUUAUAUCUGUCCCCUGUUCCCUGGUCUUGGGGCAAAGGAAGGGAGUGCAUGUUUGGAGUUGCGAACUGGUAUUACUGGAACUAAUGGCUUAACCUCCUCGACCACCAGCACUCCUCCUUUCCCCAAGGUGAAGUGGAGGGUGCUGCUGUGAGCUGGCCCGCUCCAGAGCUGCAGUGCCACUGGAGGAGUCAGGACCAUGACAUCACAGGGAAGGGGAGGGCAGAGUUUUUUCUAGUUUUUAAUUGGGGUUUGUUGGGGGGGUGGGAGGUUUUCUAUAAACUGUAUCAUUUUCUGCUGAGGGUGGUGUGUGCCAUCCUUUUAAUCAAGGUGAUUGUGAUUUUGACUAAUAAAAAGGACUUUAUAAUUGUG